CAAACAGCCUGCUCGCUACAGCAGGACAGGGAGACGCAGAGCUGGCAAGACCAGGCCAGGAGUCCCAUGCCCGGGCAUCCACAGGCCAGCCAUGGGCACCCUGUUCCUCCUGGUCAGUCUGUGCCCGUUGCUGUGGGCUUCAGUUCUCCAGCCUCUCGAUCCUGACGGUGUCAACGUGUGUCACUCAGGAAGUGACCUGCCGUCACUGAGCUGCUGUGCCGGGUGGAGACAGCAGGGAAAUGACUGCAGUAUCGCGAUCUGUGACGGGGAGAGCACCUGUCGGCAGGGAGAGGUCUGUGUCCGACCCGGAGAGUGUCACUGUCCACACGGAUACUUCGGAGCCAACUGUGUCACCCGGUGUCCGGACCAGUUCUGGGGCCCCGACUGCCGAGAGUUCUGCUCAUGUCACCCGAACGGCCGGUGCGACCCCGCCACGGGCCGCUGCGUCUGCCGGCCCGGCCGCUGGGGCCCCGGGUGCGGCCGGCGCUGCCGCUGCGUCCGGGGGCAGUGUGAGCCGGGCUCUGGGCACUGCCGCUGCGAGCCGGGCUGGUGGAGCGCUGACUGCUCCCGGCCGUGCCUGUGCCACCAGGAGCACUCGACGUGCGACCCGCUGACCGGCCGCUGUAACUGUUCCUCCGGCUUCUGGGGCAAGCGCUGCAACAUCCCGUGUUACUGCGGACAGUCACCCUGCAGCCAGCGCGCCGGCGAGUGCCAGUGUCGCCAGGGCUGGUGGGGGACCCUGUGCGACCAGCAGUGUGUCUGCCUGCACGGCAGCUGCAGACCCAGCGACGGCCGCUGUGUCUGUCACCCGGGAUACCGGGGCCACAACUGCGGUGAACCGUGUUCCGCCGGCUUCUACGGACAGGGCUGCGUGAACAGGUGCGGCCGCUGUAAGGAAGCCCAGCCCUGCUCCCCUGCCGACGGGUCCUGCCUUGUGUGUGAAGCGGGUUGGACAGGGAGCCGCUGUGACCAGCCCUGCCCCGCCGGUUCCCACGGAGAGCGGUGCGCGGAGGCGUGUCCCCGGUGCCGGGAUGGGGAACCCUGCAACGCCCAGACCGGCCACUGCCGGUCCUGCGACCCGGGAUGGACGGGGCCCAGGUGUGACACCCCCUGUGUGUCCGGAACGUAUGGCGCUGGCUGUCGAUCACCCUGUCCAGAGUGCUACCACGGAGAGUGCCAUCACGUGACAGGGAUAUGCAUCUGCGACCUGGGAUAUACUGGAGACAGCUGUAAUUCCAGCUGCCAGGCGGGAACGCACGGGAUGAACUGCUCGGCGGCCUGCGGGUGUCUGGGAGUGUCCUGUGACCACGUGACCGGGAGCUGCCACCUCAGUACAGCCGGAGUGGUGACAACCAUUGCUCUGCUCUCCCUCCUCCUGCUCCUCUGCCUUCUGUGCUGCUGCUGUAGAGGUGACCCGGACGAUCCCACCAGCAGGGUUGUGGAUGAUGACAGCACGCCAAUAGCGAGGAUGAAACAUCACGUGCAGGGUGUUCUGGCCAACCUGGGCUCAACCAUUCCCUGCCUCUCCCUUGGGAAUCAGAAGCUGCCAAAGAUUACAGUCCUGCACCACGACCCUGACCUCAGCCUGAACUGCAGCUUCAUCGACUCCCCGUCGGCUGUCUGGGACGCGGCCUCGUUCUCCUCCUUUGACACGGACUCAGAGACCCCCGUGUACUGCACCCCCCCCAUGGAAGACGGCGCGUCCCCGGCGGCCCGGGACGGGUUCCCGGAGCUGAGCUCCCGCUGUAACUACCUGCCGGCGGACGGCUGGGAGCCCGGCAGCGAGGAGCGGCUGCAGCCGGCAGACAUCCCCCGGACCUCCAGCAUCGCCAAGGCCAAGCGCCCGUCCGUCUCCUUCGCCGAGGGCACCAAGUUCGGGCCGGAGCUGCGGCGGGGGUCGGGGUCGGGGGCGGAGGGUCGCCCGGAGCCCGGGGUCCCCGGAGUCCAGGCCCCGCGGAAGAGGAAACUGUCCUGGAGGCUGAGCCGGCUGCUCCCCGCGCAGGCGGAGCCCGCGGGAGACGACGCCCACCCCACCCAAGGGUGCACCCAGCCCACCCAAGGGUGCACCUGCCCGCCCCAGGCGCCCGCCGACCGCCAGCCCUCCCCCCGGGCUCGGCCGAGGACUGGCGACCGCAGGAGGGGCAGCUCGGCUGCCCGGGCCCCCGAGGGUGGGGGCGAGGCCCCCCCGGGGGAGGGCCGGGCCGCCGGGGGUGGGGGCGAGGCCAGGCGGUGGUCGCGGGGGUGGGGCGCCCCGGCGGACGGCGGAGGGUCGGGCACGGUGCAGGCGAUGCUGCGGAGGUUCGGCAGCUUCCAGAGGCAGCGGGCCGCUCCCAGGUCCCGGGGGGAGGGCGCCCUCCGGGCCGCCCCGGACAACGCGCCGCCGGCGGGCGGCAGGGAGGCGCCCCCGUCGCCCGGCGCCUGCGGCUCCCUGGGGAGGAAGCCCCUGAUCCCCACCACCCCCGUGCUCAGGAAGCUGGUGGCGACCGUGGCCGAGGACGGCGGCGCCCGGCUGGGGGUGGUGCCGCCCCCGGAGGGGGGGCUUGCCGAGGGGGGGCAACCGGGCCCCCACACCGCCGGGCCGGCCCCACAGGACGGCUGAUGAGACGUGGGUGGGGUGCUGUCACCCUGACCCCCCCCCCCCCUCCCUACAGCGAGGCACGGCCCCUCGGGACAGGGGCUAGCAGCGGGCAGGAGGGGCCA